AUGUCUCACCUCGCCGCUUCUAACGCUGACGAACCACCGCGAAAAACCAACCAUCCACCGUCGUCUUCAUUGUCUUCGCCGUCAUUGUUUUCACUGCCAUUGGACAUCGUUUUGAACGUCUUAGCCCGCGUACCAAAACGGUAUUACCCAAUCCUCUGUUGCGUCUCCAAGAACUUGAGAAGUCUUUUUCGCUCGCCUGAGAUUCAAGAGAAUCGAUCUUUACUCGGAAAGGAUUCUGUUUAUAUCUGCUUCAUGGACGGAACCUAUCGUUUCAUAUACGACAACUGGUACGCAGCGUACGCUCUUCGCAGGACUGAGAACAGUACGACUGAGAAUCUCUUCGACUCGAUAGACGACUUCUCGUAUCCUCCCGAGCCUUUUCUUUCUUCUCACAUGAUCGCCGUUGGUCCAGAGAUCUUCUUGAAUCCCGGAUGCGACACUCCUUCAUCAAGCUUAUGGAUUCGUGACACCCGAUCUGAAGAGUUGCGUCAAGGACCUCGUUUGUUAGUGACGCGACGGUACAACUCCGUGGGACUAGUUGGAGGUAAGAUCUAUGUGAUCGGAGGAUGUAGAGACGGCGAUAUUCCAGCGGAAAGAUUUGACCUAAAGACGCAAACUUGGGAAGCAGCUCCGACUCCCGAUGAAAAAGAAAGUUGCAUAUGGAAAUAUGGGGUAAAUGUUACACUAGACAGAAAGGUUUAUGCUCUAUGUAAUCGUGAAGUGACUACGUAUGAUACUAGAGAUGGUUCUUGUCAGAGAUCUGAAAUGCUUAAUGAUGAGUGGCUGGCCACAGGAAAGUGCGUGAUUGACAAUGUGCUUUACGUUUACUUCUCUAGAUUCAGGUUAAUGUGGUAUGACUCUAAACUGAUGCUAUGUAGAGUGGUUUAUGGUUUGGAUCUUGGCAAACCUCAAGGCGUUGCAAUGGCUGAAUACUAUGGGAAGUUGGCGUUUAUAUGGGAAGAAGAAAAACGAAGUACUGUUAGUAGUGAGGAAAGCAAAGGGAUUUGGUGUAGAAUGAUUGUUUUGCUUAGGAGUGACGUAGGAAUCCAUGGGACUUCAGAACCUUCUCAACUUCUCGGGACUGUCCCUCAUGGUUAUGAAAUGUGUCAUUGUCUGUCUCUUUCGGGUUAG